UUUAAAGUGAAGAUUUUUUACAGUGUGCAGUAAGGCUGUGUUGCUGUGGUGACUCAGUGUUUCAGCAGCUGUGUGUUUAAAUGUGUGAGUGUGAUGACAGUUUGUCAGUAAGUCUUUGACAGUUGUUUUGUUCAUGAUGAAGCUCGUUCUGCUCCUCGCUCUCCUCACAGUGAGUGAAUGUGACGACAACACAGUUACUGUUCAAACAGGUGAAGACAUCACUCUGCCCUGUAAAUAUGACAUCAAAAUAUACAAAGCACUGUCAGUUUGUUGGGGUCGUGGACAAAUACCAAGCUCAGGCUGCAACAACCAGCUCGUCGCCACAGACGGACAUGAAGUAAAAGAAGAAACCAGAGUUUCCAGCAGGUAUAAGUUACUGGGACGACUGGAUGAUGGAGAUGUUUCUCUGACGAUACUGAAUGUCUCAGAGACGGACGCUGGACACUAUGGGUGCAGAGUGGAAAUACCCGGAUGGUUCAAUGAUGACAAACAUCACUUCAUUUUGAGCGUGAGGACAGCUCCGCAGACAACCACAUUAAGAACAUUAAACGAGCCGUCUACAGAGCAGACAGCAGCCACUUAUACAGCAGGUCAGAUGAGCUCAACACAGCUUCUCCUAACUUCCCACACCAGCAACAUCGAGAGCAAGGAGAGAAGUGGUAUGAGCAUGGUUCUGCUCUUUGCUCUGUUUGGGUUGAUAGCCUUGAUUAUAGCAGGCGUAGCAUUCCUCAUUAUCGCAAGCAGAAGGAUGCAACUCAACAAAAUGCCUCAGCAGCAGGUCACCAGUUCGGUCAUGUUCAGCUCGACUGCGUCCACACUGCACCUCCAGAGUCAAGGUCUGGCAGUGGAAAACAUCUACCAGAUAGACGGAGGCGGUGAUGGAGGAGAGUACGAGUCCUGCCCCUGAGCCCUGAAGCUCCACCCAAUGACCUGCUGAUCCACGGGACAAGUUCUGGACAAACCACAUGAACAUAUCAUCUCAGUUUAAGACGCAUUCAAGGGUCCUGACGUCCCCUAAACCAGGGGGAACUGACCUGGUUGACUCAUGAGAACAAGCAAUCCGACUCUGAACUGAAAAUGUUCUGCUUCAUUGACACAAAUCUCCAAGUGAAAACAGACUAUUCAACUUCAGC